CCCUCUUCUUAUAGUCCUCCGCCCUUCCUGCUUCUCAUCCAUAUCCCUCUUCUUCAGCGACAUCCUCCUCCUCCCCCUCUCCUCCUCCUCCUCCACACUGUCUCCUCCACCUCCCUCCCUUUCCCCCCCACUUCCCUCCACCCCUCACUUGACUGAUCCAGGCUGGAUCCUUUCUCCCUAAACCCUUUCAUCCUCUCUUCCCACUCCCCGCCCUUCCCUUCCUCCUCUUCUCCUCCUUCUCCUCCUCAUUCUACAACAUCCACUCUUCUCCUUCUCCUUCUCCUUCUCCUUCUCCUUCUUCUUCUUCUCCUCUUUCUCCCUCUAAACUGCCUGUAAACACUCUAAACAGCGCAACACCCCAUCAAGCAGUCGUGCCUUUGAACAAUCGAGAGUAGCUCAAGAAACCACUCCAUGCACCCUACUUCACACACGUCCUUUGUCCCCGAUCUGGACAUGAAUCCGCCCCCCGCAUGGUCCAAGCCCGCCUCCGCCCUGGGGCUCGAUAACCCGCUGAGUCAUCUCCCGCAGUCGCAGCAGCUCCGCCAUCUCCAGGAGCAGAUCCAGCACCACCAGCGGCUACAGCAGCAGCAGUCGCACGGCUACGGAAUUGGUGGCAAAAAGAAGAACUCCCAGAAUGGUUCCUCUCCAACUCACAGCACCGGUGGCAACAACAACAACAAUAGCAACAACAACAACAGCAGCAACAACAGCUCCAGUACCAGCAACAACCGCGACCGUACCGGCGCCUUCCAGCAACAGUCCUUCGGAAGCGGCGGUGGCCACCAGCAUAUCAACAUCAAGAACUCGGACGACAUGGAUAGCGACGAGGACAUUGACGAGGACAUCGACCUGGACGAGGACGACGGCAACAGGUCCGAUGGCCGCAACAGCCAGAGCGACAUGCAGGGGCUCAAUCCUCACCGCAGUCUGUCUCAUCCACAGCUCACCCAGGGCUUUGCCAUCCCCUCCGGGUUCACGGGCCUCACUCCCUCCUCGCCCCUGUCGCCGUCUUCGCCUGGAUCCAUCACCUCCGAGCCCAGCUCCAUGACCGCGUCCAUGCUCUCCCCCGGCCUCCUAUCCUCUGGUUCUGGCUACCCUCACCACAACCACCACUCCCAUAACCACGGCGGCAACACCGGCAACAGCAUCCACGGGAUCGAAUCCUCUCUGGCGUCCCUGGCGUCGCUUUCGGUGAUGCCGACCUCUUCCCCCUCAUCCUCUUCUUCUACUAUGCCCAUGUCGAUGCCUCCCGGAUCCCGUGGUCGCACGGCACUCUCCCCCUCACAUUACUCAAGCCAGAUGGCUUCUACACCCACAACCUCCUCCUUCCAGCCCCAGAGUCUGCCUAUGAUCUACCAUAACCAGUCUUCGGGGCUGAUCACUCACCAUGGUGGCGACGGCGGCGGAUUCAUGCCAACUUCCGUCGCCGGCCAGGCUCCCUCCUUCAGCGCCUUUUCGUCCGCACUGACCCAGCAUAUCCAGCGUCAGCAACAGCAGAUGACUUCUGCUGCCAUGUCGUCCUCGCUUCCUGCCCAUUCGAGCUUCAACUCGCUCCAGCAGCAGCAGAACCAGCAUGCCCAGCAGCAGCAGCAGAAUCAGUAUCACCAUUAUCAUCAUCAUCAUCAUCAGCAGCAGCAGCAGCAGCAGGAGGAGGAUCAGCAGGAUCAGCAGGAUCAGCAGCAGCGAUCCAGGAGCAAGAGUCUUACGAUCCCCGCCCCUCGCAUCGUCCCUCCAGCACGUGUCCUCCCACCGCGUCCCCCACAGACAUCGGCCCCUCGCAAGUAUCAUGGUCGUCAGACGCGUAAGCUAGCGAGCACGCUUCCAACGCCCAAGGAGCCCGUGGAUCCGACACGCCGCGUUGCACAUAUUAUUUCAGAGCAGAAGCGACGUGAAAAGAUCAACGGCGGAUUCGAUGAGCUGAAGAGCGUUAUCCCAGAGUGUGCCCAGAACACGGAUUCAAAGGCUACCAUCCUGCGGAAAGCCGUUGAUUACAUCCUGUCACUGGAGGAUGAGCUCCGCAAGUACGUGGACCUGUAUCAGCUGGAGGCGGGCAGCAACCCAGAGUCCUCCUUGGAAGACCACGAGCGUGAGCGUUAGAUGUGUCACUGCAUGUGGGAUUAUGGGAUGAGAUCAAGGAGCCUGCCUGUGUCGUCUUGAAGAGUUCUUGAAAGCAAUGUUUUUAGAUUCUUACUGGACCAACCUCCAGGCCAGCGUUCAACUCCAUACGUUUCUCUGUCAUCUUUGCCUUUCAUCUUGUACCGUCCACCGUCCACCGUCCACCUUUCACCUUUCACCUUUUUCACUUUUCACUUUUCACCUUUUUCACUGUUCUCUUUCCGCUUUUCAUUCUCGCUUCUUCUUACUUUUCUCUCAAGGAUACUUUCAGUCUUCAGUUCGUGGUAUAGCGGCUCUCACAUAUAGCAACGAGAGCAUAGCUUCGCCCAUUUUAUUCAAUAAAAUCAAUUCCGCAG